AAAAAAAAAAAAACAUGAAACACGCUUAUGACUGCAACGCAACUCUGAUGCAGCAGCCAGCUGCCUUAUAUAUUAUACACAUGCUAUGUUUGUUACUUUAUAUCCCCUUUUCGCCGCAUCUCUUUCCUAUGUAUACACACUUAUUACAGCACCUACCUACUAUAGUAGGUAUCUACUUCAUCGAAACACUGCUACAUAACUACCUUAUCGAUUGAAUAUACACACGAGAACCCCUAACUAUGUAGCCAAAAAAAAAAAGGAGAGGAAGUUAUACCUACCCAGGUAUUCACAUAUGUAGAUUCUCUAUGUAUCCGGCAUCUCCCACCUCAGGAUAUGGUUGACUAAACUAGCGUAGGAUGAACCCGUCCUGCACCUCCAUCUUAUCCCAUCCCAUCCCAUCCAAUUCAUCCAUCAUUCAUCCAAG